AUGGAUCCAGAAACUCCAUAUGAUGAUCAAGUCAAGGCAGAAGAAAAUAAAAAUACGACUGCCGAUAAAAUCAAGGAUUUCGCAAAGAAAAAGCUAGAAGAAACAAAGGAAGACAUCGCAAAAUUCAAAGGCAUUAUUGAUAUUCCAAUCGGUCUAACGGAUCCGAAAUAUGAUGAACUUUGGGGAACACCACAAUUAUUUUCAGAAGAAAAUUUCGCACAACACUUUGUAGCACACAGAAAAUGA